AGUGGAAGUUUGUCAUCAUUGUUCGUUCCUAGUUUGACUUACAUCGUCUUCUCAUUACUGACUUGCAGGAUGUCUUGCUCGAAUCAUCGAAUGCACACCGGACGAUGUUUGUGCAUUCAUUCGUCAUUACAGUGUUUGGAUCUGGCGAUACAGUCGCUUUUACUUAACCAUGGUUUCCUCCCGUUCCCACUAUCCCUCGUUCCUUCUACACCGCCGCCCGAUCUCGUUAAGACGUUGAAGGAGGUACUGCGUGGUGUUUUUCGCUCCAAACAUCGCCGUUCUAUACGUGAAGUGGCGAUUUGUGUUGGACCGCACCCUCAUCGCAUACGUCACUUAUAUAAGAUGCCAGUUUCUGUGUGUGAAGGUGUGGACUCGCACGAUGAACACUGUGGUUCACCAUGUUCUGAAUUGUCAGAUGUGGAGAAGCGUCGGAUUAAUCGACAGUUGUUCGCAUUUCCUCCAGAAGAACCACGUCAUACUGGACAACGAAUGUUCGUUUUCAUACGAGGUUAUGAUAGUCUACUGAGGGAAGAUAUUGAGGAAAGGUAA